AUGGUAACCCAGACUUUCCCUGCCGAAUACUCUAAUAAGAAUGUAUUGGAAAACUUCCUCGACCAAAGGUUUGGGGAGGGUCAGUAUUCCAUCCGCGGGAUGAGAGGCAGUGACUGGGUUAUCACUGUCCCUAUGCUUUUGACCACGGACGAGAUUGCGCAUAUCCGUAGACGCGCUAUAGACGCAUCUCAUGGUUUCGCUUCAGACCAAUCCAGGGAGUCAUUUGACAAUGGCAACUUGCUUCUGCUCGACAAGCGGCAUUCCAUACUGACCCAAACUAAUGACCCUGAGGCCACGUUAUCAAACGACAUUGAGGACGUGUGCAAAAUGCAGCAUACCGAGGAACCCCUAAGCCUUGGCGCUGUUGAUCGAAUUUCCCUAGCCGGCCUCCUUUCCAACGCUAUGCAGCCGUGUGUACUCGAUGGGACCAAAGAAUUUCUGCCUCAUAGCGAGCUUCAACGGAUUUGCACUUUCGACAACGUUAUCCGAGAGCUCAAAGAAUUCUUUCAAGAGGAGCAGGCUCAAAGUUACGCUGCCUACGUGUGCGGCAAACCGUUGGAGAACUUGCAACCGAGAGAUUCGGCUCUCAAGGUAUUCGCUAUACUCGCGUUGAUUCACGAGCUGGAUAGUCUCCCUCGUUUUGUCGAAUCUCAAAUCUACGACAGAGACCUCCCCUUCAUCUGGGGGCCCCAAUACCAGUUGCUCUGCUCACAGAGACGUCAGAACGCUGGUAACCACACUGUGGAAGAACAUUGUUUCAAGAAAAACGAGCAGAGAUUUAUGCGGGACUUCUACAGGCAGCAAUGGACCGUUCUGGUCCCGUUCAUCGCCAAGACCGGGAACAUGGAAGCGUCACAUUAUGUGCUUGAGACCGAUACAAUCAUGCCUUGGACUUCCUUCGAACCCGUGGCUCACAAUGGCGGGUAUUGCGAGGUUUUCAAAGUCAAGAUUCACCCGGACCAACAUGCUUUCUACGGCAAUGAGGUUUUUGCUCUCAAGGUUCUCACACCAGGAGACAACGAGGAGUUCUUCCAGAAAGAACUCUAUGCUUUGAGAAAAGCUCCGCCCGGGCCCCAUGUGGUAAAUCUAUUCGCAACAUUCACACAGGGGGACAAAUCCUCCUUCCUCUUCCCCUGGGCUGAGCAGGGGAGUCUACGUGAUCUGAUGAUACAGGACCCUUCGGAGGUAUUGACCUCGGCGUCAGAUUCACCCAAGGAGCUUAUUAGGUGGAUUGCCGAGCAAUGCACGGGGCUUGCUCAAGGGCUAAACAGCAUUCACAACUUGAACCCCGCUGUUAGGAGAGGGCGGGACGCUGUUAAAAGAGAAUGGGAGAACAGGUACGGAAUUCAUGGGAAUGUGAAGCCAGAAAACAUCCUGCGAUUCUUUUCAGAAGGUUAUUCUCAUAUGCUCGGUGAGUUAAAGCUUUCUGACUUUCGCCUUGCUGAUUUCCACGACACGGUUUCGAAACCGUCCUUCUCCUCAACCUACGACUCGCCAGAGCAGAGCUCCAACAACUACUAUUACGUGUCUAGGAAGUCUGACAUAUGGGCUUUGGGAUGCGUCUUCACGGAGCUUUUAACCUGGGCGGCCCGUGGUCGGGAAAGCCUAGAGGCGUAUGGUCAAGAUCGUCUAAAUGAGAAAGACUUGGGCCGCUCGCGUGACAACUGGCUGGCGGAUACGUUCUUCGGAAAGGAUUUCAGAAUCGAUGGCACUACAGUGAUUCCCGAAGCCUUCUUUGUCAAAAGGUCUGUCCACAAAUGCAUAGAGGAGAACAAGGAGGCGGUAUCUGGAGCUGGCCACGAGUCAAGCUACUUGAUCGAUUUUCUAGACUUCAUCCGCGACCGGAUGUUAGUGAUCGAUUAUAGUAAGCGGGCCACGUCUCGUGAAGUCAGCGAGUUUCUCAGAGACAAGAUGGAGUAUUACUUCAUCACUCUUCCCGAUCUUGACGCCCAAGUCACCGAAAGCGUUGUCAUGGACAGCGAUAUCGAGAGCAUUUUCUCUGCAUUCUCCGCCCCUUCGUCUCAAACAUCAUUCAAUGAAGUUACUCAAGGGGCUAUUGUCGAGCUCGUUCAGUUGCUUCUCGGCAAUGAGGACCUGAAGGGUCUCUAUCCUUCUGCACUCUCACUAGUUGGACCUCAGAGAUUUCGACGGAACUUUCCUCGUUUAUUGAAGAUGUAUGGCCAGAGACUCCAUCAGGAGGCAAGAAAUGAACCUCAGCGCCAGGCAGCACAAUUUAUCAGGAGGUCAAGACACCAGGCCGUCGCCAUGAUGGCGCGAAAGCUGGAACAAGGAGAUGGCAUCUCCUGGUCACAGAGACUGGACUCAUUCGGAUCAACUGCUCGACAAGCACGAGUCAAUGAGUGGCUGGAUCAAUCAGGAGCAGAUGAGGGACAAAUCAACACGCCUCUCGCAGCGACCGAUACCGCAUUGAAGAAUGAGCAGGAUGAAUUUGAAUCAAGCGACUCCGAGAACGAAGGCGAGUCCUCAUUACCGAGUCUCAAUGAGGUCAAAGAGUUCAUGAUUUCGGCUGAUGCCUUUCUCAUCCUUUGCCGGGAAUUCCGAGUUUGGCUUAAACUGGACAAAGAGGACGAUAACGAAUCGGAGAGGACCAACGAACCCCCAGUCAAUGACAAGAAAGACAUUAACAUCACGGAUCACCAACCUUCUCCGGAACAAGGUAAAGUCGAUCAUGAAAUGGAACAAGACGCGGUUUCAUUUUCAGCCGAACCGAAACCCACCGAUCCAAGCCAAUCCGAAGAAGAGGUCAACGGUGGUUCUUCCGAUGGGUUAGCUCGUUGUACAGUGAAAGAGAAAAUCACUCUAUGGUUAUCCAUGUGGAAAUGGCUUACAGAUAGCUGCUUCCCACCACCACCUGGUUUCCAGAGGCUCUACUACACAUGCAAUCUCCUUAGCAGUGUUGCCGCUGUUAGAUCUCGACCUCAGGCUUCAAAUACACCAGCCCCUGUUGCCCCAAGACCACCACCCCAAGCACAUGUAGUGGGUGCAAGAGCUGCUAACCAAGGAGCUCACGCGUCCCCAAACUCAUUGCAGACUGGGCAGGCACAUCUUCAGCCGUCGAAAUCCUCGGGGCUUAGUAGUACUUCAAACAGCAAUACGAACAUUUCCAACCAGAGACAGGAGCCGCAAUACCUGUUAUUGUGCAUCAACACAAGGAAUUCAACAACACUAGACACCAUCGUUGUCAGCUCUAUCACAAAUGAUCAAUACUUGUUUGAGAGCAUUCUGGACAGGUAUCGGCAGGUUCGGGCUGAACACGAGUGGACAAUUUCAAGAGCCAUACCACCGUGGAUUCGAAGAACAGCAACAGCGGUAGCAGCAAUAGCAACAUCAUGGUUGCCAAUCUUGUCAACAUUGGCGGAUUAUCUUUCCGCUUUUCUUUCGGGUAUCCUUCCUAAAAUCAUGAGUCUUCACAAAAUCGCUUCCGGUGAUUUCGUACAGUUUUACUUGGUGCCUGUGGGUCUAGACUGUUGUCCCAGAUCCUUCAAAACACGAGAUUUUCCCCCACAAAAGGAGGUCACAGAGGGGCGAUAUAUUUACAAACCCUUCCCCAUGGAAGAUGCUCUUGUUGCUGAUAUACCAUUGCCACAUUUGUUGAAGCCGGGCCCUCAUACUGGCCUUUUUUGGAAAUUACUUUUUCCCAAGAAACUUCAGGAGGGGCUUUCGAGACCAGGUGGAGACAACGACAAUGGGCAACUUAUAAACGGCUGGGGAAUUCGCAUCAACGAGAGUUUAAAUUGGGUCUUUAUCUUGUUCUGGUUAAUGGUUAUUCUUAUCCUUAUUGGCGUUGGAGUUAUUGUGUAUAUUGCUAUUACCUCGGAUCACUCUUCUGGAUUUGGACUAGGCGCGCUCUUAGCGGCUAUGCUCACGGUUUACAUGACCUACCAGUUUCUAGCCCCUUUUUCUAAGUUAUCGCAAACAAAGGAGAAAGCGAGCUGCACCGAAGUGAAAGCCGCCUUCGAAAAAGUCCGCGAGGAAUGUGUUAACGACGAGGACUAUUGCCUUCGGAGGCUCAAGAAGCCACCCAAGCGGAAGACCACCGACCUGUCGCUGUUGGAGGCGGUACCCGUUGGCAUGCCAAAAGAGGUAGAGCCAUCUCUUCCCAGGCACAGCGUGUCAUCCGAAUGCUCUUCGCCCCGGUUCCUACCUCCCCGGCGCAACUCAGGGUCUUCUACACCUAGAAAGCGUCAUUCUAUUUCAGAAGCUACAAUCCACGAAGAGUCGGAUGUACCUGACCUAGGGGGUUAUACCUCUCUGGCUGUAACCCAGGGGCCGCCUCCGCAGCCUAAUCCGCAGCCCGACGAGCAAAAGAAAUCUUAUGACCUCCUAGACGAGAAUUCACUUCUUUCAGCCACACCAAAGUUCAUGUCGGUGCCAUCUGAUAUAGACCUCCAGGUAGGAUCAAGUGAAAGAAGGGCGUCAGGCCAGAAAGGAUCCAGGCCUUGCGUGUCCGGUGACUCUCCAGAUAAAGAUACAGCUGUUUAUGAGCCAAGUCCUGGAGGUGGGAGCGAAGAUGAGAGGAGCCAGAUAUCAGAACGGGAGAAGCAACUAGAUCCGAGUCAUGGACGUAUGUCGCUGCAGGAGGAUAAAGGUAGCAAAGGGAGUAUUAUCAGCGAGGAGGGUCAGGGUUUGGGAAUGCUCGCAGUAUUGAUGAUCUGCUCGACCGAGUUCAUCCACCCGAAAACAACCGUUACUCAGAGUCAUAUCUCAAGAUUGCUUCAGGGCAAGGUGAAUAAUCUAUUCCACUGUCCUCUCUCGGCCCUCACCGUCUUUCCAAACCACUCCCUGCAAGACGCCAGGGACGACGCAUUCAGUCAGAAACCUAUAACCCCCACCAGCACGACGGACAAUGAUGGAUGCAUUACAAGAGUCGAUCUCGAGUGGCUCGAACGCGAGAUCCCGGGUAGCGGCUAG